AUUGAUUUGUUUACUUUCAGCAAGCAGACAGAAAAGGUGCAGCCGACUGAUUCCCUGAGUAGUGACGUGUAGAUUUACGGUCGGAAACGAUAGGAAAACUGGCUUUCCAAGCACUUUCUAGGACCAUUUCAUGUACAGCUUUUGGCACAUUGAGAUCGGCUCCGAGAAAUCGGUCAAACAUGUCUCAUUCACGUGACAUUUUAUGUCUGUUUGACGUUGAUGGUACCUUAACAGCCCCUCGCAAGGUUGUUGAGCCCAAUAUUUAUAAGUUCCUUAUGGAAGAAGUGAAGCCCAAAUGCUGUAUAGGAUUGGUCGGAGGAUCCGACCAGAGUAAAAUUGCUGAACAAAUGGGAGGUGAUCAAUGUCUCAAAGAAUUUGACUUUGUUUUCUCUGAAAAUGGUUUACUGGCUGUUAAAAAUGGUGCUGAAAUUGGGAGACAAACAAUCCAGUCUUUUGUGGGAGAAGAACGUCUUCAAAGAUUCAUUAAUUACACUCUGCUGUGUUUAUCUGAAAUUGAAUUACCUGUGAAGCGGGGAACAUUUGUUGAAUUUCGAACUGGGAUGCUUAAUAUUUCUCCCAUUGGCCGGUCAUGCAGUAGAGAGGAGAGGAAUGCAUUUGAAAAGUAUGACAAACAGCACAGCAUCCGCCCUAAAUUAAUAGAAAAGCUAAAGAGCAAGUUUCCUGACCUGGGUUUCACCUACAGUAUAGGAGGGCAGAUCAGUUUUGAUGUCUUUCCUAAUGGCUGGGAUAAGACACACAGCCUUAAUUAUCUUGAAAAAGAAAAUUUCAAAGAAAUCCAUUUCUUUGGAGAUAAAAUUGAAAAAGGAGGCAAUGAUCAUGAGAUCUAUAAUGAUCCUCGUGUCAUAGGUCAUGCUGUAACAUCACCAGAGGAUACAAAGGAACAAGUUUGUAAAGUGCUUAAAACAGUGCAGUUGCAAUAAAGUAUUCAGGACAGAGUGAA